CCUGGUCCCUGGGCCGGGUCCUUUAACGCCCUGGACCUCCUCUCCCUCUCAGGCCGUAGAUAUGGGCUCCGUCAGAGCGCUGCUGGCCAACACCCACACCCUGGGUCAGAUCCUCCAGGAGGCCCACUCUCUGCUCAGGAUGUUCUGGAGAGCUGCUCUGCCCAGCUCUGACAGCACCAAGCAGAAGGAGGAGCUGGUGGCGCUCCGGGUGAAGCUCUCGGAGCAGGAGGAGGCUCUCCGGAACGCCAAGGAGCGUCUGAGGAGCAGCAGCCUCAACCAGGACAACAUGGAGACCUUCAUCGUCAGCCAGCUGUCAAGAACCAGGGACGUCUUGAAGAAGGCCAAGACUAACCUACAGGACAAUGAGCGCAAGAUCUGCUCCCUCCGCCUCUCUCCUUCCUCCCAAGCCUCGUUCUCCCCCUCUCUCUGCCCCCCUCCCUCCUGCUCCCCCCCCCAGCCCCCUGCGGGGAAAGGUCAAAACUCAGGACGCUUCUGUGAGCUCACUCUCUCUCCUGAUUGGGGUGUCCUGAAGGCCCGGCGUCCCGCCACACUCCAGCGGGCUGUCUGUUGAGUGGUUUCUGGGGAGGUUGCCUGGGACAGACUCUCCUCCAACAUGCUGUUCAGACUGCCUUCCUGGCCGAGGUUUCAAUCCUGCAACAAAAACCGUGGUCUGCUUUAGGAACACAACCAGGAAUAGUUCCUCACGGAUCUCUGAGUUGUCUUGGGGAACAGUGUUUGAGUGAUGUGUGUAAAAAUCCCUUUUGCUGAGGUGAAUGAGUGUGAUGCCAGAGGCUGAUUUAUAACUGUGGAUGAAUGUCGAUCUCCUAAGGGCUGUGUCUUAUUUGUGUACAGUGGAGUUGAUCGUUAAGGGCUUUUAUUAAGGCUCCACAGGUUAAAGGUUGUUCUCUUUUCUUUGAGUUUCUGUCUGAUCUCAGCUGGGAUUAACAUUUUAGAAUAUUAUCCAUGUCAUUGGAGAUAGAGCUUUGAAAAACCAAAACCAAAGUGCUUCCAUUUGAGGUAGUGAUUUAUAAUAAUGCUAAUGUUUGAUAGUGUAUAUAAUAGCUGCAUGUGGUUAGAUCAUCUAACAGGAAAAAGCCAUAUUGUUUAACAAAACAAAUUAUAAUUUUUUUGCCUAGUAUUAUGAAAGCUACAGAUAAGGUUAACGCCUGAUAAUAUUUGGAUCAAAUCAAGGUCAUUUACAGAGCUAAUUUUUUCAGAUAAUUUCUAUUAUUAAUUUUUACAAAAUGAGAGACCGGGCCAACCUUUCACUCUGCUUAUAUGCCAAAACAUGCAUUCAUAAACAUUUGAACAUAUUCAAUGCAAACUGCUGUUUGCUGUCACUGCGUUUAAAGGAUUUGACAUAAUUAUGAAGACAAUUAAUGGAAAGCAGCAGUUUAUUUUAGACUACUAAACAGAAGAGAAAAAGCACCCGUGUAGAUUUGUUUGAUAACUUAUUUGCCUUUCGUUUGUGAAAUUAGAAAAGGGAUUUGAUAUUUUUAAAAUGGUCCAAGUGGUACAAUGUUUUAUUUGAUCAACUAUUUAUGUUAAAAAUAUAGUUGUGAAAAUAGUCCAAACUCAAGUAUGACCCUUUUAUACAUUGAUUAUUAUUAUUUUGUAACUUUUGAAAGCCAGUUCAACUUGAAUUAUUUUUGCAUUUUUACAUUUAAAGUACAUGUCCCUGUUAGCAUUUCUGACAAUCGUUAGGUAAAAGACAAUCUGAAAUAUUUUAAAGGACACAGUGUGAGUCCAGUUUGCUUUGGUUAAAUAUAUGUUAAAUCGCUUGUUGCUUUUAGUGCAUGAAUUGUUAUAUUGCUAAUAUUCACAUAGCAUGCAUGUUAUGGGUUACAGUGCAAUAACGUCUCCAGUUGCUGUCUAGCUGCUGAGACACAUAUUUCAAAUGUCUUUGCUCCUCAUAAAUAAGAAAUAACUUGGACAACAUUUUCAACCAUUAUGAUGACUUUCUUUCUUAGAGUAUUUAUUUAAUAGAAGUAGGUGGCACAACGUCUAAAGUGAUUACAGUUUGUAACCCUUAAAGCACAACCUUUAGGCAUAUUAAACAAAUAAAUGAACCAAAGUGUUGUCAAAUUGGGUGAGUUCAAAUGUAUAUCGUGUGUCAUUUACAAUAAUCCAAAAACCUGUCUGUAAUCUGCUUCACUGUGAGCCAUUUUAGAUGUAUGUAUGUAUGUAUGUAUGUAUGUAUGUAUGUAUGUAUGUAUGUAUGUAUGUAUGUAUGUAUGUAUGUAUGUAUGUAUGUAUGUAUGUAUGUAUGUAUGUAUGUAUGUAUGUAUGUAUGUAUGUAUGUAUGUAUGUAUGUAUGUAUGUAUGUAUGUAAACAAGGGAGUGUAAACUAAUGCAAGUUUUUGUGGCUGUAAAUCUGGGUCUUUCAACUGUGGCCUAGUGUAUUUCAUGCAUGCGAUAGCCUUUCCUAAAAUGUUUUUGGGUAAACAUAUUUUGCAAUAAAACGAUGACCCCCUUCUCACUAUUUCUCAGUUACUAAUAUUUUGUGGCAUUUAUUUUGCAUAGACUUAUCUUUUGGUCUCAACUUAUUGUGUUUCCUAACUUCCAACAGAAGGCGGCAGCACACACCAACAUACUAAGAUUGAAGGCAAAGAGCUCUUCCCGAUCAUUGACCUAGGGCACUCAUUUACAACUCGAAUUUUAUAAGUGA